AUGGAGGAUAGUCCCCUUUCGAUCACCGCCAGCAUUACAGGCAUCCUUACGUUCAUUGCUACCAUUAUGGCCGCUAUCUAUGUCCGUUACGCAACAUUGCGCAAUGGAGAAGCAGAAAGAUACAGAAUUCUCACUUCAGUCACAAGUACGCUCGAAGGCUUUAGAGGGUACGGUGAAUACGUGGUGAUACAGGCUGGCGACGAUACCGAUAUGGUUUGGCUGAAGAAACUCAACGCAUCUCUGAUUGCUACUCAGUGCGUCAUUGCCAGUUGUUGCUCAAUGGAAACGACAGGAGCCUCUCAGAUUCCAAUAGACCUAGGGCUCGUGGGGAUCACCGAUACAGCGUGGGCUGAAGCCAUGCAGGAGAUACGAAUCAUCAAUGAGAAUAACGGUCGCAAGAGGUCAUGGAUCUCAAAAGCUAUAUUAGCCCUGAAGAAGCGAUAUGAUCGUGGGGAUAUGACAUGGAAGUCUAUUACGCUGCUGUUACUACCGAUGAGCCUGCUAUCUACGCCGGAAUUGAUGCGCUGGUAUCAAGUCCGAGAAAGAGUUCUGGAGAAGAUCCGAGAGCAAGAGAUUCUCCGUUCACGAAUCACAUCCCAUCAGAUUCAUAUGACAUAUGGCUUGGCCAAGAAACAGGGGGACAUUACGAGACACAUAUUAGAAGAGAUGUUAGAACAUCGAAACAUCAGCCUUGAAUCUACCACACGUAUCAUGGAGAACGUCAGUGGCCUGUACGAGCUACUACACUGUAAAGAUCAGAUCAAGUUUUCGAGCACGCAAGACUUUGCACCUCCUGCGUAG